CUCGCUGUUUCGUUCCAUCUUGUGAAGCGGCGAACCAGUGAGGCAGCACCGGGGUAUAGUGUUGACAGUAGGCCUACAAGGAGUUAUUCACCUUUUGCCUUUUUUGUGACAGUCUGCAACGAGAGUAUACGCCGAGGCUGUUCAGGCACUCUGCCUGCAGACCAAGCGAGGUUCAUAAACCUUGGACUCAUGGAGAAGAAACGUUAAGGAGUUUGCUCAUGAGAACAUUCAUUUGACAAGUGGAAGCAGAACGCCAACCUACAGCUGAGAAAUAUCCAUAUCUGCAUUUUGAGAAAUCUCGCGAGAGUGGUGGCGUGGCUGGCUGGCUGUGGGGUUGCAGUAGACAGAGGGAGAAGGCAGGCAGCAUCAUGGCGGACAGAGACAGUGGAAGUGAGCAGGGAGGAGCAGCCACGGGCCCGGGCGUCGGUUCCAUGCACCCAGUGACAGGAGGGGCGGGCUCGGCUUCCGGGCUGCAGCACGAGACGCAAGAGCUAGCGUCGAAACGGGUUGACAUUCAAAACAAACGUUUCUACCUGGACGUAAAGCAGAACGCAAAAGGCCGCUUCUUAAAGAUAGCCGAAGUCGGGGCCGGGGGAAACAAGAGCCGCCUCACUCUCUCCAUGUCAGUGGCAGUCGAGUUCCGAGACUACUUAGGGGACUUCAUCGAACAUUAUGCUCAAUUAGGUCCUAGCAAUCCUGACAUCGCACAGGAUGAGCCGAGGCGAGCACUUAAAAGCGAAUUCUUGGUCAGGGAGAAUCGGAAGUACUACAUGGAUCUGAAAGAGAACCAGAGAGGCCGGUUUCUGAGGAUUCGACAGACCGUGAACCGGGGGCCCGGUUUGGGAUCCACGCAAGGCCAGACGAUUGCUCUGCCAGCCCAGGGACUUAUUGAGUUUCGUGACGCUUUAGCUAAACUCAUUGACGACUACGGAGUAGAUGACGAACCUGCGGAGUUGCCCGAGGGGACCUCCUUGACAGUGGACAACAAACGCUUUUUCUUCGACGUGGGCUCCAAUAAAUACGGAGUUUUCAUGAGGGUAAGCGAGGUAAAGCCAACAUACCGCAACUCUAUCACGGUGCCCUACAAAGUGUGGUCCAAAUUUGGGAAUACGUUCUGUAAAUACGCGGAGGAAAUGAAGAAGAUCCAGGAGAAACAGCGGGAGAAAAGGGCAUGUGAGAUGCAGCAACCAGAGGAGAUGCAUGCUGAUGAUGCAGACGAGGAUUGAUAUAUAGAGCAAAAACAUGCAAAAGUAAUCAAAAUAACAAAAAGAGAAAUUAUAAUAAAAAACUUUACUGUAAAAAGAAAGAAAUCUAAAGAUUUAACUGUAACUGUUUAACUCCAAGGGAGCACCACCCACAAAAAAUAAACCUACACAAACUGACAGUUAUGACAUGUUGUCACCCAUCGCUGGAUGUUACCCACUUAUCCACCAUUAAUACAGUAAGCGGCUGCUAAACAAAGUAAUAACAUUAUAUAUGAACCGUGUUUCCUACUUGAUGACAGAUGAUAAAGAACUGUGUGUUUAUUUCCCUUAUUAACCAAGAACUUUUGUACACGUUAAAGCUAUUAUAAAAAGUGUUUGCAAUGUUCAAAUGGAAUUAUUGCCGAGUUAUGAGAAUCAAGUCCUUUUCAUGUGAGCUAAUGACUUCAGCACAAAUCAGAUAUUUUUGUUUUUUUAAACCAAAAUUUGAAACCUUUUUGAGAGGUUUUCAUAGUGUACUUGCCACCCUAUUUACCUUGACCUGUGAGUAGAGAUGUGUUUACACAUAAAUCCUAUGUAUGAGGGCUAGGCCUGCAUUGGAAUUUUGUUUAGAUGUGUCAUGCGGUCUGAAAGGUACAUAGGCAAUGUCAUGCAAGAAAAUAAGUGCUCGCUCUCUCUUGUGCAAUAUGCAUUGCAUCAAACUCGAACAUAUUGAACUGAUCAAUGGAACUCGACAUGAAUACCUUCAAAAGGAAUAUUACUGUUGUAACUUUUGUUUCAAUUGAAAUUGUGGUCAUGCAGAUUGGUAUACUAUAGACUACCUUAGUGUCUUGUUGUCAUGCAAUGUGUUUUUAAAAAAAGGUACCUGUCUUAGAGUAAGGACGUGCAGUGAUAACAUGCAGCAAAUGACACAAGUGCUCGAGAACAGCCUAUUUGUACUAUAAAGCACUCAACUCUGCUAGCACCAUGUAGCUCCUUGGUGUCAUGGUCUUUUGAGUGCUGAGAAGAAGAAAAAAAGUAAAGCAUGGUGUUGUGAAUCUGAUCUGUACAAUACGUCAACAUCAGCACUUAUGGACCAGUUGUUUUCUGUUGGGGAUUUUGACACACGAAAGACCAGAAAAUAUCCGUCAACCAAUAGGAUGCCACAGUGCAGAUGAGUGAUUUUGCUGCAUGUUUACCUGUACAAAGCCAGAUUAAGGUUGGUUUUCUGACAUUGUGGCUCAAGGACCUCUCCAAGCUGGUUUUCAGCCCUGCCAAUAUUCCAUCGUUCAUUAGCUUGGACGCUGGUCUGGAUAUAUCUCAUAGUUUUAUCAACUGUGUCAGUUGUUUCCAAAGAAGCUGGCAACAAUCAGAUCAUGUCAAAUUUACCUUAAUGCUCAGUGUAAAGAUGACGCGGCAGAUUGAGCGGAGUGAAAUGCAGGCCUGACUGUCCUUGAGCCCCCCUGGUUGGAGACGCUGGUGUAAAUGACACCCGAACGGGAGCGUCCUCUUCAGUAAACAAACAACCUGGUGCCUUACACACUCCACAUGCUUACACGCUGGCCCGGUGCUUUGGAUGGCAGUUUGGUUUAUCCGGCCCAACCUUUUCCCACACCCCCAUUGCCGUUACUCAUGUGUUCGUGUUCCCCUUCUCCCUGUAUUCCACAGCACAACUGAUGGUGCUAAAGGGUGUUAAGAACCCUAAAGUUAAAGAAAAAGGGCAGAUUACUAUGCUUUCUCUGCUACCUUCGCCAGCCCCCACCCACACACAUUCCCAUGCCAUCCAGGUAUCGGCCGACAUGUAAACAUGCACAGGGGGUGGUCACCUAGAAGACGAUGCGGAGGAACCUGCUCUCCACCAGUGAGGUGGAGUUGGAGAGCAGGGGCUGACCGGAGACAUCCCUGUGGACUGGAUAGAGAACGCUUGUUGGAUUCCCCGCCCCGCCCCUCCCGUGAUGUUCUCUGUGCGUAGUUCUAUGGCUUGGGCAGUAAUGUGUAAUUUGUAAGUUGCUAAAGACCUCAAUUAGGGGGGAGUAAUAAGCAUGUCUUUUUUUUUUUUU